GAGAAAAAGGUUUGGAAAGAAACCAGAAGAUUCCAAAUUUGCUACCAAUUUCUCUUUUCUUCUUUAAAAAUACAAUUCUACCUAUUCUGUGAUUACAAGGAAAUUAGGGUUUCUACAAUGAAGACAAGGAUGCUGAUCAUAUCUCUGCUGCUUCUGUCAAUUCUGAUUCAUGAAACCCAAGGUAUUCGAUUGCUAAAAGAUGUGAUGAGGAAACCAAACACAACCCCAACAUCGACCACAGUGGCUAAGAAAGAUGAUGACAGAGCUGCCUCCAAAUCAGAUCAGGACUCUUCAUCUUCAUCCCCCAAGCUGAAAGCAGAAAGCAACACUACUGAGAAUAUCUCUGUAGAGCCGGAGAGCGAGCAUACCGACGUGCUGGAUAUAGCCGGGAUGGACUAUUCUCCGGCAAGAAGAAAGCCUCCCGUACAUAAUUGAUCAAACAUAUUUAAUUUUUAGAAGAAACAGAAAGGAGCUAAGUAUAUAUGAUCCCAAAAGAAUUAAUUCAACUGUGUGCUGUUUGGGGGUGAUUAAUUAUAUCGAUGAUAUUGUACAUAUAUAUACACCAUAUGGCUUAAGGGGUGGGUUCUUACACUUUUGUAGGAUUUGAAAGUGAUUAUGUACUGCUUGCCCCCUCCUUUUUUCUUGUUGUCUUACACAGUAUAAUAGAUUACUUUGUUCCAUGGUUA